AUUGCAUUUACACAUCGACAUCGCUUAGGAACAUGCAGGAUUAGGGAUUGGGGGGCAAAGGGCAAACGCAAAUCCCCCUUUCACAACUCCCAUUCAAUAUUCAUGCCCAUUGUGGCCCACUCUCCUCCAAAGGAAAAGCAAUUUGUGCAGACAUUUUGGUAGAGGGUGGGUUUCGCAAUUUUCUUGGGGUGGGGUGGGGGGAGGGGGGCGUAUUGCACAACAACCCCACUGCCCCAUCGCUAAAACCCACUCAAACAAUUAUUAUUUGUACUCGAACCCGAAAGGAGAAACCAAAGAAAUGUUAAAAAGCACAGCAUCUCUCCUUUCUCCCUACACUACAAACGGGAAGUACAGCUUGGGGGAUUCUGGGAGGAGUUGAAAGUGGUGGAAGUAGAAAUUGGAGCAAUAUAGUGUUGUUUCUUUUUUAAAAAGGUGGGUUUAACUGAAAGAAGAUGCCUAGACCGGGACCGAGACCGUAUGAGUGCGUGAGAAGAGCUUGGCAUAGUGAAAGACACCAACCCAUGAGAGGCUUGAUUAUUCAACAGAUUUUCAGGCUUGUACAUGAUAAUCACCCUUCUGCAACUAAAAAAAAUAAAGAAUGGCAAGAGAAGCUGCCUAUUGUGGUGUUGAGAGCGGAGGAAAUCAUGUACUCCAAAGCCAACUCUGAGGCUGAAUAUUCGAAUUCUGAAACGCUAUGGGACCGUGUCAAUGAAGCGGUUGAUACGAUAAUUCGGAAGGAUGAGCGCACCGAGAGUGGGGAGCUUUUGCCUCCAUGUGUUGAAGCUGCACUUAACUUGGGUUGUGUUCCAGUAAGAGCAUCGAGAAGCCAAAGGCACAAUAAUCCGCGAACAUACCUCAGACCAACACAUCAAGAAUGUGGUGAUAUGCCCCCAAAAGUUCUCAAUGAGAAAGCUAAUGACCGCAAUUCUGUUUUGAUGCCUUUGCAUAUAUCCAAAAGCUCAAUGCUUAAGAUGCCCCAAAAUGUAGAUACAGCUAGAUCAGUUUGGGAGUGUAACAAGCAUAUUACACUAAAUACUACUCAGCGAAUUGCUUCUUCAUGUGAUAGACAUCCUUCUAUUGGCAAUAGAAAUAGUAUUGAAUUCGAUCAUGACACUUCAUUGAACAGGGGCUCGGUAUAUCCCUUGUACUAUGGGACAAGCUUCAAACCUGAAGUUCCUCAGUUGGGCUUCCAGGAACCUCAAAAGUCUGAUUCAAUAAUUGUUGGUGUGCCAAUAUUCUCAUCAGUUGCUGAAACUACUGAAGUUGGGUGCUUGCAGAAUCUAUUCCCUUAUGGUGAUGAUAUUAAUGUUGCAAAGGAAACCUAUGAAGCUGCUUCCAAAGACUACAAAGGGAAGGGAUCCGAGAUGGGUUUUGACUUGUCCUUGAGGUUGGGUCUGUUUUCUGACUCAAACUCAAGCAGGGAAAAGGAAUCUGGUUGUGGAGCUGAUAGAGUUGGUCAUAGAGUUGUUCCGGUUGAAGGCCGGCUCAAAGAAAAAGAGUUUUCUUUCUUCCCUGUGGAGUCUGCCUAUGAACACUCCUGGUUGAAUAAAAGUAGGUGGAACUCAGAGGGUGAGAAUCAGAACACAGAAGUAGCUUCUAGGAAACGUAAGCUUCCCACUAGUGCAGAUAUAGAAACUGAUCAAUUUUUCUGGUCACAAGAUUCAACUUCUAACCAUUUGGCUGGUCAAAUGAGAAGACCUGGUUUGUAGAAAAUUGCUCAAUUUAUUGUAUUACAUAUUAUAUUUUUCCAGUGAGAGGAGAAAAUGGAGAUGCAGUCGUAUGUGUUUGAAGUUCUUGUUGUGCCUUUUGCUAACCUUUAUGCUCAUGCUGUCGAUGGAGAGUAUCACAAGCAAUUCGUGAAAGGAUUAGUUGCACUGCAUCAGAGGUCCUAUGGAUGCUGUAUAUCACCUUAUGGAACUUUGGUAAUGCUAUGAUUUUAGGGUUGUUAGUUUUAGAAUUCAAAUUCUGUUUAUAAUCCAUUUAGAAUCUGCUAGCACUGACAGCAGUGAAUUGUUAACAAAAUCUUACAUACAACAAUCAUCAGUUUCCAGCUUUUCCUGCAGCACUCAAUCAUAUUAGAAUAUGCAGAAUAAGAAUUUUGAAGUGUGCUAAUCAUUUCAUAUUAUAGAAUAGAUGGUCAGACAACUCUCUGUUCCUUGUUCCUGGAAAAUUUCACAUUAUUUGAUACAAGUUUUAAGUAGCUUGUUCUUUAGCUACUUGGCGAUAUGUCUAUUUCAU